GUAACCGCGACAUUCGCAACUAUCUUACAGACAAACAAACGUUCAAUGUCAGAUUAUUUGAAGUCGAAUAUCUCCUAAUCUGGCAAUUUUGAGCGAGUCGUAGAGGUUGAGAGAGUUCCAGCCCUUGCCCCCAGUGGCUUUUGUUACUGGGGGAAAGUCGUCACACAAUUUCAGCCAAUUACAGACCGAUUGAACAUCCGAGACACCGCAGUCCCGCUGGGAUUCAGGGUCAAGGAACCGGUGCUGAGAUAGUAGUGGAAACAUACGGGAGACUGCGGGCAUUCAGAAAUAAAGGCCUUUGGGGUUUAAUUCUGGUGUCGAAGUAGAGGUACAAAACGAUACUUCACUGCCAUGUUCCAGCCUACCCCUUGGCUAUUGAAAGGACUUUUCAUUCGAGACAUGGUGGUCCAUGACGAGAUAGAACUGAUUGGCCUACAAGAAACCCAGAUCAGACAUUCCUCUUCACCCCGCUUUCAAUGAAGCAAACACAGGGAAUCAUCUAUGUACUCUCUGUAUGCUAUCCACCACCAAUAUAUAAGUAUUUGUGGCAUAUUCUGAUCGAAUUUGGUCAAUUUGAAUAAUAAACGUUUACAUAAAACCAUCAACUCUUCAUUGACCCUAGAAUCUAAUAUACAGUCCCACUCUACAAUCUGUCCGACGCAUCGAGAGAAAAUGUCUUCAAUAACGAAUGUCAUGCGUCUCCUAAACAAUGUCAUCACUGGGGAAUGCCCAGAAUAUAUUCCUCGCUCUAGUUCCGAAGUCAUCGCAUUACUUGGAGGGUUGAAGUCUCGGGAAGAAGUUUACCUCUCGCAUCAUCGGAGAAUGAAAGGAGUCACAAACCACGAGUUGAAGAGAAUGUAUGAUUUUGUAGCAGCUUCCAUUGUAAUGGUCACAGAUAUUACCAAUGAGCUCAUGGAGUUGGCUUCUAUUGAUUCUAGAGUUAAGUCAUCCCACGUAUAUGAGGCCCUCGGAAUUCUCUACCUGGCAUUCGGUUCAUUUCAGAGGUUGGCGGGCAAAGUCGAAACACUCCCUCAGCCAGAAAUAGACCGUUGCUUCGGCUACGUGGGAGGUUGCUGCAACUACUCCAUUCUAUUUCAAAAACUUCUCUACCCCGAAGACGAAUGCGAUCACCUCGAAAUCUACGCCGAAGCUCUCGGGCACGACUUCCAAUUCUGUUUCAAGAUAGACACCGAUCAGGAUUACUCUUCGCCAGGUUCAUUUCUCACAAACGGACUCGAGAAAACGCUGCGAGCAUGUAUACCUCCUGCAAAUCAAAUACCUGUAAAAUGUCAUUUGACAGCACAGCCCGGCAAGCCGGUAUGCCCGCAGUUUUAUCGAAAUCCAUAUUUUUAUGGGCCAAGAAACCUUCGGAAUCAGAAUCAUGCAUCGAAUAGAGACUAUUUCAGGAUGAAGGAAGAUAGAGAGCGAGGGGUCUAUCGCACGAAGGCAGCGACUACCAAUGAUGUGAGUUACGACCAUGGAGGAAAAGUGGUCAAAAGAACCCAAAGUACAGGCAAAACGUCGACAGAAGCGGCGACAGACGCGCGAUCUAGAGGCGCAAUCUGGGUGAACAUACACAGUAUCAUGAGGAAAGGCAAGAUUUGGGCGUUCUGUGAUGAGAUAUAGUUUAUGAUAAUGAUAAUGGAGAUUUACGACCAAGAACUGCGACAUGACAGUAGAAAUAGCAUAUUAGAGGAUUAUUCUUUGGGGGGAUAGUGGAAUGGAAUAUUUUACAUGUACAAGAUAAUGAAUCUAUAUCUACACAUUCACAUCCCUACACAUGCAAUGACUUCCACUUCGUGCA